AUGGAGGACGGAUAUCCAUGGUUGAAAAACAUUCCGUUUCUUUGGCCUGAACUGGUGGUAUUUCUUGAAGGAUAUAAACCUAUUUUGAUUUCUAAGAUUGUCUACUGGAGGUUGCCUUAUGAGAGAUGGUAUAAAUGUAAUACUGAUGGAACAUCAAAGGGCAACCCUGGUCCUAGUUCUUAUGGUUUUUGUGUAAGAGAUUGGCAUGGAGAUUUGAUAUAUGCAGAAUGCAAGGAAUUGGGACUUAAUUCUAAUGUGGUUGCAGAGGCAAGAGCAAUGAUGGAGGGUUUGGUAUAUUGUGUAAAUCAUGAAUUUCACCCACUGGUUUUGGAAACGGACUCCUUACUAAUGAAGAAUGUGGUUGAUGGAAUAUGUGAGAUACCAUGGUGUAUUAUCACAGAGGUGGAGAGAAUUAGAAGAAUGAAGGCUGAAUUCAAUGUACUAAUAUAUCAUGUAUACAUGGAGGGGAAUACAUUGGCAGAUUUUUUAACUAACCUAGCUUUUGAUUUUGCAGGUACAAUAAGCUUUAAUUCAUUUACUGAUUUACCUAGUGCAGGAAGGAAGAUCCUACAUUUGGAUAAACAUCAAGUCCCAAACCUCAGGAUUAGGAAUGUUAAGAACUUAAGAGGCAUUGAUGUACUUUGA